AUGUCAUCAGAAGUGAAAGAUAAAACAUCAUAUUCUUCAUCAGACAAAAAGACAGAUGAUACACAGGCGAAGGCUCAACCCACAGGUGGGCUUCUAUGGAGGAUGUCAACUGGUCUUGUUAGUUCAGCCACAGGAGUAGUUUCUGGAGCUGUUGGCUACGGGGUCAGCGGUGCCAAAUGGGUUGCUGGGAAGACAGUUGAUGCAGGGUCUGCUAUAGCAAGUACAACAUUGAGUGCCGGUGCCGCAGUAGCUAGCAAGCUUCCCCUUCCCACUGUUGGUAAAAAGGAUAAGAAGGAAUAG